AGCCUUUCGCGAAGACGUCGGAGAUUUUUUUUCUUGAAAAUUUGCCUUGACCCUAUAUGAUUCAUAUGAUUGAAUUCGAAACUGAAGAAUUUUUAGAAGUAAAUAUUUGUAAAUAAUGGCUGAUGAUGAAGCAGCGCGUCGAAGAGAAAUUAGAAGACGGAAAAUAUUGGAAGGAUCUGAAGCUAGAUUGAAAAGAAUAACUAGUACAAUUUCCUCUAAAUCUACAGGUGAACAUGUUCUUGAGGAGCACAAUGAAAAACAAACAAAGGCAAAUCAGAAUUUUGAAAUAGAUCAGUAUCAUAGUUCUGAACAUGACAUUAAUGACUCUCUAACUAAUGCUGAUGAUGAUUUUUCAAGUGAGCAACUCUCCCAUCUGAAUCAUGAAAGUUUUGAGACAUUCAAUGAACAGUUUUUUGUUGAUGACCUUUCUACUGUCAAUGGAAAUUUUUCUCGAGCUGGGAGUUCUGAGAAUUACACAUUCCCAAAGAAAGUAUCUGAUGCUGAGUCUCGUUCCUUCAGAAGGACGAGAGGUGAUGCUCGGCGUAAUAGUACCUGCACCCAAAUGAUGAUGGAGACUUUCCAGUUUUCUACUUUAAGUCUCAACCUUCUUCGUCCUUGGAUAAUAUGUCUGGGGGCUUUCAUAUUGAGAAUUUAUUUACUUAUAACACAUGUACUACCUUGCUGUGAGACAAUAUAUCUCCCAUUAAUAAUGCUUGAAUUAGCAUUUUUGGCUUGGUCACAAUUAGAAUCACAGAUGUUUAGCAAGCCUGUGGAAGGUUCUCUCAUCUCUGGUAUUUUACUGCUUUGUGGGAUCAAAGAGAGACUAAUAUCUAGAAUCAUUGCAGUCUGGAAUUUUGUAAAUUGCAUUGUCUUAGAUUUUGCUAUUUUUACUUUCCUUUUUGUAUUUACUCACUAUGUUUGUGAAGUAUCUAUGUAAGUGAAAAAUAACGUUUCACCACACACAAUUAUAAAGUUUGUAUUUACUGUUA